CCCCUCCUUCCCGCUGCCAGCCCGAGCCGAAGCGGAGCGGAGCCCGGGCGGCUCAUUGCGGAGCAGCGCUGCAGCCGCGAUGGCCACGACUGUGACCUGCACCCGCUUCACCGACGAGUACCAGCUGUACGAGGAAAUUGGCAAAGGGGCUUUUUCAGUGGUGCGACGCUGUGUCAAACUCUGCACCGGACAUGAAUAUGCAGCAAAGAUUAUUAACACCAAGAAGCUCUCUGCAAGAGAUCAUCAGAAGUUGGAACGAGAAGCUCGAAUCUGCCGUCUUCUGAAGCAUUCCAACAUUGUUCGCCUCCAUGAUAGCAUAUCUGAGGAGGGCUUCCACUACCUCGUCUUUGAUCUGGUCACAGGCGGCGAGCUCUUCGAAGACAUCGUUGCUAGAGAAUACUACAGUGAAGCUGAUGCAAGUCAUUGCAUCCAGCAGAUCCUGGAGGCUGUUCUCCAUUGCCACCAAAUGGGGGUCGUCCACAGAGACCUCAAGCCGGAGAACCUGCUUCUGGCCAGUAAAUGCAAAGGAGCGGCAGUGAAGUUGGCAGAUUUUGGCUUGGCGAUUGAGGUGCAAGGAGACCAGCAGGCCUGGUUUGGCUUUGCGGGCACUCCUGGCUAUCUUUCACCCGAAGUUCUUCGCAAAGAAGCCUAUGGCAAACCUGUGGAUAUUUGGGCAUGUGGUGUUAUUCUUUACAUCUUACUGGUUGGGUACCCUCCUUUCUGGGAUGAGGAUCAGCACAAGCUGUACCAACAGAUUAAGGCUGGAGCCUAUGAUUUUCCUUCUCCUGAGUGGGACACAGUCACCCCCGAAGCAAAAAACCUCAUAAACCAGAUGUUAACCAUCAACCCAGCAAAGAGGAUCACAGCUCACGAAGCUCUAAAACAUCCUUGGGUCUGUCAACGUUCAACAGUGGCCUCCAUGAUGCACAGACAGGAGACUGUAGAGUGUCUGAAAAAGUUCAAUGCCAGAAGGAAGCUCAAGGGUGCAAUUCUUACCACUAUGUUGGCAACAAGAAACUUUUCAGUGGGCAGACAGACCACCGCUCCCGCCACAAUGUCUGCAGCAGCAGCCUCCGGUGCCACCAUGGGGUUGGUGGAGCAAGCAGCUAAAAGUUUACUGAACAAGAAAGCUGAUGGAGUGAAGCCUCAAUCAAACAGCACCAAAGGCAGUGCAGGGGUUACCAGUCCGAAAGGGACCCUUCCUCCAGCCGCACUGGAACCUCAAACCACCGUUAUCCAUAACCCAGUGGACGGGAUUAAGGAAUCAUCUGACAGCACAAACACCACCAUAGAGGAUGAGGACACGAAAGUUAAGACCACUGAUAAUGAGCUUGUAAAAAGCCAGGUGAAUCUCGGAACAGCCCCUGAACUUUCUCCCAGUCUGCAGUCAUCACUGAUGCCAUCGGCUGCCGCUGCUAUUGCUGCUGCUUCUACCAAACUGUCUGAUGUAUUAGGCAUGGUGAAAAGGGGCUCAGGGCCCCCAGAAGCUGAAGAGCCAACGACUUCAGUCUCUCCACCCUCCACAACUUCAGCUGUUGCAAACCUUUCAUCUCCCCAGACUGCCAAACUCUCUGACGUAUUACGCAUGGUGAAACGAGGCUCUGGGCAGUCAGGAGCAGAAGACCCAAAGUCUUCCACCACUUUGCCCUUUCCACCUCCUGUUGUUGCAAAUGCUCUUCCGCUCCAGUCUGCCAAACUGUCUGAUGUAUUAGGCAUGGUGAAAAGGGGCUCUGAGACCCCCGAUGCUGAAGAGCCAAAGCCCUCCAUCCCUCUGCCCAGCCCUUCCUCAGGUGUUGCAAAUCCUUUCCAGUCUGCCAAGUUGUCUGAUGUCCUAACUAUGGUGAAACGGGGCUCUGGAGCCCCAGAAGCUGAAGGGCCACAGCCUGCUGUCACCCAGCUUCUCCCACUUCCACUUGUCACAAACCCUCUGCCUUCAGAUCCCCGCAAGCAGGAAAUCAUCAAGAUAACGGAGCAGCUGAUAGAAGCUGUGAACAACGGGGACUUCGAGGCCUAUGCAAAAAUCUGUGAUCCAGGCUUAACUUCAUUUGAACCUGAAGCCUUGGGCAACCUUGUCGAAGGGAUGGACUUCCACAGAUUUUACUUUGAAAACUUGUUAACGAAGAACAGCAAGCCCAUUCACACAACCAUCCUGAACCCUCAUGUGCACGUCAUCGGGGAAGAUGCGGCUUGCAUCGCCUACAUCCGCCUGACGCAGUACAUCGACGGGCAGGGCCGUCCCCGCACUUGCCAGUCGGAAGAGACCCGGGUCUGGCACCGUCGUGAUGGCAAGUGGCAGAAUGUCCACUUCCAUUGCUCGGGAGCACCAGUGGCACCACUCCAGUGAAGAACUAAUGCCGGCUGUUCUGGUUUCAUCCCGAAGGAGAUAGAGAUUUGAGCUGAGCCGCUAGCUGGGAGCAGCAGUGACAAGCACGUGCCCGCAUGCUUGUGUCCCCCUUUCCCCAUCCUCCCCCGUUUCAUUUCCAGUGCCUGUGUUUGCAAAAAAAGGGAAAAAAAAAGAAAAAAGGAAACACACACACACAAGGGAAUAUACCCAACAAGACUCAAUUGUAAAAAAAAGAAAAGAAACAAAACAAAACAAAAAAAUCAGCAAAUCCAGCCAUCCAGCUCACAGCGUGGCCACACUGCACCUCCCGCCCCCACCAACUCCUUCCUUUGUGUCUGUCCAUCCGGCUGUUCAGGUGACCAGGUGUUGCAAUGAAAAUGUCUCAACUUCAAACAAAAAAGGCUCCACCUCCCUGUGUUGACCCCAGUGUUGAACGGUGUUAGUUUGUUAGGUGAAAAAAAUAUAUAUAUAUCAAAACAAAAAAAAAAAAACCCACAAAAAACUUUUACAGUAUUUGCAUUCUCUGCCAAAGCAUGGGCCUUCUCCAGUGGUCGUGUUUGCGCUUGGAAGUCUGUGGCCUGUGUUACCGUUUGUUUUCGCAGAGGAUGCUCUUCUGGAGCUCCCGGCCUGACCGUUUCUUUUCUCCUCUAGCCGUGGUUGUGGAUUAUGAUGAUGAUUAUUAUAAUUAUUCAGACUCUUUAUUUAUUUUGUUCUUUUGGAUUGGAGGUGAUCCCUUCUGUGUGUGGGGGCCAUUUUGCUUUUCGGGCUCCUCUCAUGCUAACCCACCGCCAGUGAUUUCCCAGUGGGCUUUUGGCCAUGGCCUCACCAACGGGUUCUUACAUGAAGGGUGGCGUAGCCUUAGAGAUAUAAAUAGGUCUCACUGCAGGUUUUUCGAAUGUCUGAAUUCUCAUUGGCGCUCACGUUUUCCAAGCAUCCCCGACC